AUGUCUUUUUUAGGAGGGAGUGAUUGCUCUGUGAACGGAAAUGCACUUGCUCAAUUCGGCAAGAGAGCUGCUGGUGAUCAAUCAUUACAACAAGGGUUGAGGCAGGGUGCUCCAUUAGACAACAAAUUGGAAAGAGGAAAUGGAAUACGCCGUGUGAAUAUGAUUGAUUCGGGUGAUAAAACUCAAAUGAAUAAGUUUAUCGGAGGAGAUUUGACUUCCGGACACCCUCUGGGAACCUUUAAUAUGCGACCAAUAGGGCAAGAACUUCAGAAAAUUAAUCAAAGCAACGGCAAGCUACAUUUUAGGGAAAGGACAAAUAAUAUAUCCAUAUUGCCGGCUGGUGCCAGGGCAGCAGGUGAUAGAAAUAGUGCUUUGUGGAGUUCGGAGUUCUCGGGACAGGAGCAACAGAAGAUGAAGAGGCAGCAAAUGCCCCAGAUGCAAUAUGAAGGUACAGAAGCACAACAAAGUCGGAAUUAUAGAAUGGGUAGUUUGCCUCUUGGAAUGAGUUAUGGGAUGCCAUAUCAGGGAAUGAUGCCAUUUAGUGCCAAUACAUUGCACCAAGGCACUUCUCUGGCGGAGAAUACAGAAAAGACAGAGUUGAAACAGAACCAGCAGAGUAUGCAGAACUGGGAAGAAUCAUUUAAGGAAGUGGAGAGUGAAGUAAAUACUGAGAAGAUAGCAGAGGGUGACAAGAAUCUGGAAGAGGAGACCUUGGCAGAAAAAGCGGAAGAGGCACAGAAGGAGGAAAUAGGCGCAAACCAGAACCAAGAAGAUGAGGCAGCAGCGGCAUGGCAGGCAGACUUCGAAAGAUAUGCCAGUGGAAGGGAGAACUAUGGAGAGUACCAGUUUGCCCAGAAGAAUAGAUAUUUGAAUCAAGAAGGGGCGUACGAAAUUGGAUGCAAGCUUCUUGAAGGUGGUGCUCGAUUGAGUGAAGCUGCACUAGCUUUUGAGGCUGCAGUGCAGCAAAAUUCAAUGCACACAGAUGCGUGGUUGAAAUUAGGGCAAGUUCAGACACAAAAUGAAAAGGAGCAGGCUGGAAUUGCUGCUUUGGAGAAGUGCUUGGAACUUUCACCGCAGAAUCUACAGGCUCUAAUGACGCUGGCAAUUUCUUAUGUCAAUGAAGGAUACGAUAAUGCUGCGUAUGCUACAUUGGAGAGGUGGAUUGAAACAAAAUAUCCAACUGUUGUCAGCCAGGCACGCAUUAAUGAUAAAGACAUCAAUUCGGACGACAGAUACACUCUUAACAAACGGAUCACCAAGCUCUUUCUUAAAGCUGCCCAGAUCUCGCCACAAGGUGCAAACAUAGAUGCGGAUGUUCAGACGGGAUUAGGUGUGCUUUUUUAUUCGCUUGAGGAGUAUGACAAGACUCUUGAUUGCUUCAGGGCGGCGAUUAAGUGUGAUCCUAACAAUGCUCUGAGCUGGAAUAGACUUGGGGCAUCACUUGCGAACUCCAAUCGCCCAGAACAGGCCAUAGAGGCUUACACCCGUGCACUUCAGUUAAAUCCAAACUUUGUCCGUGCACGUUACAAUUUAGGAGUUUCCUUUAUUAAUAUGGGUAUGUACAAAGAUGCUGUUGAUCACUUGUUGACCGGCCUUAGUCUUCAUGAAGUGGAGGGUCCGGAUGGAAACGGCUCCUAUCUUAAUGACGAUGUUCAACCCACAAGUUUAAUGGAGACCUUGAAGCGGGCUUUUUUAGCAAUGAACAGGCGUGAUCUUCUUGAUGAAGUCAAACCUGGAAUGAGGGUGGAAGAGUUCAGAAAGAAGUAUAACUUUUGA